GGGGUUGUGUUUGAGCACAAAACCGACGACCUGCGAGCCGCAAAAUUAGGUCAGGUGAUCACGUUGGAUUGUUCUGUGGACGCCAAUCCUGCCGCACAAAUUUCGCUUUAUCGACUCGGUGAGGCAGGUCGUGAACUACUAAAUCGUAUGAGCACCAUUCAAACUGGAUUCAAUCAGUCUCAUGUUGGUCACAGUGGCCGUAAAAUAUCUCAGUUCAACCCACUUUUGCGCAAUGAGUUGAGUCCUAGUGAACUGGCCUCGGCUAUCAAGACCAAAGGAAGUCAGGUGCUAGCAUCCGCCACUCAGAAAAUAAGCUACCCCCUUCAAGUGCAGCGACCGGAAGAUUUUGGAUUCUACGUUUGUUUGGCUCGAAACUCAGGCUUUCCACCCGCCCUCCGCCAUGUGCUCGUUGGAGAAAGUGGUAAGUCCAACUAA